AUGAACGCUGUUGAAUGUCGGAUCACAUCAAUUAUUCUUCCACGUGUAAUUCCUUCUCGUAUAUUUAUUAGCUGGAGGUGUGGAAGAGUUCUAGGCAAAACAGCGCCUUUUCCAGCAAAUGAUCAAAUGAUUUCUGUAAAAGAAUCAUUUAUUGUUCCAAAACAGAUUGGCGAAGAUGUUUCAGUUAUAUUAGCUGUCCAUGCCAUCGAUAAAAAAGGUAACUCGAUUAAAUUUUCUGAUGCAAAAAUUGAUAUUCCUGAAUCAAUUUAUACAAAGAAGUCAGUAUUUCUUCAAGGCAUUUGCACUUCAUCAAUUGGCGAAUUCGUUGUAGAAACUGAACUUGUUGCCAAAAACAAUAACUUUCCAACUCCGCCAUACGAAGCUGAAGAGUAUGCAUCGUCAUACAUCGAGAUAGUCAAUUCUAUCGAGAGCACAAUUGACGAUGAUACAGUUCCUGAAAGAUACAUAAAAGCCGACGAAUUACUUAAUACUUUUUCAGAACUUCCUGCAGAUAGUGUAAGUGAUGCACAGAUUCAGAGAAUCACAGAUUCAUUCGACAAACUCGAAAAAUGCAAUACAAAGCUCAAUGGAAGAUACGAUUUGAUUGUCCAAACAAUUUUAGGAAUGAUGGAGAAGGAUUACUUAUUUGUCCUUCCAAAUGGACAAGUCAAGAGCUAUGGAUCAUUCCACAAUUCUCAGGAGCUCAGAUAUCCUUACAUUGGACUUAUUCUUUGCAAUACUUUGAAGAAAUUAUCUUCGCCAUCAAUCGGAUUUAACUUAGAGGAAAUAGAUCACUUCAUGAUUGAGAUCUGUUCACUCUUUGCCGGUUUAAUUGCAAAUGAUGAGCAACAUGACAGAGGUUUGUUGUAUAUCGUAACAAACAUUUGUUUCUUAGUACAAUAUAUAAGAACGAACCUUCAACUUAAUCUUCCUAACUUCGAAUUGAUGAUUCUCAUUACUUACAAACAAAUUAUUGCAAGAAUUUUAGAAAUUGAUGUUCAACAGAUCAAUAAAUUCAUUAAUAACCCGAAGAAAUUCAUUACAUGGUACAAAGAUCAUACUUCCAUGUGUAAUGAUCUCGGAGUUCCAAAGAAUAUCCUUAAUAUGAAUAUUCAUUCUUAUCUUAUCAAGCAUAUGGACUUUUCCAUAAUGAAAUGGUGGCUUUCUCAACCCACUGUAGGCACUGCUGAUUAUCAGGCCCUCGUUUCCUCUGUUCCUGGUCAAUGGCCUUAUUUAACUUCUCUUAUGUUCAUUGUUUCCAAUGCGGAGAAGCUUGUUAAGAAGAAAGUCACUAAAGACCAGAUUUAUGCACCUUGCAGAGGCUCAAUUUUCAUUUCAAUUUUAAGAAAAUUAGAAAGCCUCAAAAUGGUCUCAAUUUCGCAGAGACAAUACGCUGCAAUCACUGAACCUGAUAAAGUCAAGGCCAUCCUUCAGAGCGCAAAUGACUACUCAGAAGCGAUUAAUUCAAUCGCAACGGAUGUCAUCAUUGCAGAUAAUUUACCAGAGCCACAAAGUAUCUAA